GGCGUACCGAGCGAACGAACGGCGAGUUGGACGUUUCUCAGUGUCGCCGCGGCGUUCGUGCUAGUUGUUUCUCGUCUGAUUUUAUUUUUCGCGCUGCCGGUUAAAAUCCGUUCGUGCAUUCUUCUCAACUUCCGAUUUGUCGUCCGUUCAUUCUAAUCGAUCAUUGAAAACUGAUACACACGUGCUUCUAUAUACAGAUAUAUGUAUAUAUGCGUAUAUGUAUAUACAUUUUUUCGGCGUGUAGUUGCAGUUUGUUCGAGCGUGUCCCACCAUCGAUUUGGGAGUCACGAGAUCGCCUUCUGUUUUUGCGGUUACGUCGAGCGUGUCUCCUCUUCGUGCGGAUUCGUCGGUAAUCGCGACACAAGAUCGAAGGUGUCGUUUGGAAUUCGAAAGGUAUCGGGGGGAAAAAGAAAGUGCGUCGAACUCGAAUGGGACCCGUUUGAAUUUGGCGCCAAAUCGAUCGUCAUCGAGGAACGACCAUUAUAUACGUACAUAUAUACAUAAGUACAUAUAUACCAUAUAAAUCGGACGUAUACCGCGUGUUGUUCUGUUGUUUACAGUGCGAUUUUUAAUGUUAUGUACGUUAGAAAGAAAGUGACAUAGUGUUUUUUUACAAUAUAUUUGUGUGUAUUAGCUUAAAAAAAACAGAAAAAAGGAACAAGACGAGAUUUCUGUCUAUCUGUUUCUAUUUAUUUCUUUCUCUUUCUCUCUCUCUCUCUCUCUCUCUCUCUCUCUCUCUCUCUCUCUCUCUCUCUCUUUCUCUUUCCCUCUCUCAAGCUCGUCAUCUCUCUGAUGCUUCGACAUUCACGCACAUCAUUUCUGCCACUGGAUUAUUCGACGCGUCGUCGUGGGCGAGCACGUGGACGCUCGCCAUCCUCCUCUUCUUCAACAUUGUUUUCAUAUUACGAUCUUCCGCGAGAACUGGCCGAUUCGCCGGAAAAGAAGCUUUCUGCGAUAUUUGGGUGCACGAGAAAAUGCGCGUAAGGUCAAGGUGACGGCGGAGCAUGGAGACCAUGGAAGACAGUGGUGGGCAGCAGGUCGAUGCCUCGAAAGGGAACAUCGCACCUGGCUUACUGGUAGCGAGGAAGAAUUGUUUGAAAAUCGUUGAAGCUGGUAUCGAUGUUGACACGGUUAAGCAGGAUGAGAGGAGAACCACCAUCGAGAUGGAUCCAUACAAGGAACUUGAGCUAUACCUCGCAAAAGUAAAUGAAGAGAUUGGUGAGAUCAUUGAGUCGGCACCAUCUACUCCAUUACGUGUCAUCGAGGAACCAAAAUAUCCGAAGCAACAAGAAAUAACAACAACCAUCAAGGUAGGAACUUCGAGUUCGAAGGAUUCGACGAACGCUUCGAGAUGUUUGCCAGCGAGAAGUACUCGAGUUCCAAAGCAACAGAAUUCUCUGCCACGGGGCAAUAACAAGACAAUUAUCGGGGAUGAUAUUGGCGAGUGGUCGAACAGUAUACUCGCUGAGUUCAAUAGCAUAAUAGCGAAAGAGAUAAACGAAUUAACCAAAGAAAAAUCGAUAAAGUAUUUGGAAAGACGAAAUACGACGAGAAAGGAGAAGGAAGAACCGAAAACGAUCAAGUACAAAGAAUUAUUGAACGAGUUCGGUUUAUCCGAUAGCGAAAAUUCCGAGAAUAGUUAUUGCGAAAUCAACAGGAACAACGUCAAAAAUAAAUAUUGGUGUAACAGAGGGGAGACUUACGUCGACGAAGUCGACGUUCGUUCUCUUUUAAAUCCUGAUUCAGUGCCGAAUGAAAAUGAGAUUUCACGACGUAAAAGCGGCAGUCUACCGGACAAUCUCGGUAUCGUUAUCGAUCAACAUAGAUAUCGAUUGGUCAAUGACGAUCGUCAGAGCAACGAGUUUUUAGCAAGAAACGUAAAAAGUCAUUCUUCAUGGAAUAAUAGAAACGUAUCUAGUCUACCAACGAGAAUAAACCGACCCGGGGAGGACGUUUGUAGUGAGCCAAAGAAAAUUGUAGAGUUAAGAAGCGUGUCCGACGAUGUACCGGUCGUCUUACCUCCGUCCUCCUCUUCCUCAUCUUCUUCAUCAUCUUCCUCUUCCUCUUCCUCUUCUUCUUCUUCCUCAUCUUCUUCAUAUUCGUCUUCGUCUACGUCUUCUUCAAGAAUAAUCACAGUGGAAGAAUCGAAAACCAAACUUCCGCCUCGUCAACGAACGGAUUCCCAGAGGAAACACAGUCUUCCUGUUAUUCCAACGAAUCAGAAACGCCGUAGAGAUUGCCAGCCAAGGUUUCAAAGAUUUAAAGGUACUAAGGACGAUCAAGACAUCGGUAUGGAUCCAGAUUACGACGACGUAUUCAACAAAAACGACAGUCAUAUUAUAGCUGGUAGAUCAAAAUCUUUGGACAAUAAUGUACCGAAAUCGGCACCAGUGACGCCGACCGAAGAAAAGAAACCACCAUUUGGGAAAUUUCUUAAAAGAAGACAAACACCUGUUUUUCAUGAAAACUCGAACGACAUUGUACUCGUUAGAGUAUCCUCGUUACCCGAUCAGGAUCUUUUACAUUUGGAAAAUCGAACGAAGGAUGGUAUGACCUCGAAAAAACGUGCUGUUUCCCCUUUUACGUUACGUUGUGACAUAUCGGCAAAGAGACUAUCUGAAUCCGAUAGAGACGUAAGAGAGACCAGUCCGGUAGACCUAAAGAAAUUUUCAAUAUCGAGAUCGAGGGGUAACGACGUGGCAGUCGAAUGUGAUUUGCCUGAAGAUAGAAACGAUUCGGUUUGUGAAAAUGUUAGGAUAGAAAAUAGUGAGGUGAAGAGGAUCGUUGAGGAACAGAAUGCCAGAUCAGGAUCGGUAAGAACAUUGCCAAUCUCUCUACACUCUCUUUUAUUGAGAAUCAGAAGUGGUUCAGGCUCCUGUUGUCCCAACAGUCCUCCAAUGGAGUCCUUUACUUGUUCGGAUAUAGCCACGCAAACUUCACCUCCCAUUUCAAGAAGUUCUAGCUUUACUUGGGUCAGCGAAUGCGAGUCUCCACGAGCGGAAUCGCAAUUGGAUUCGCAGUCGCUGCAAGACGAGAGCACUCUAGACCCACCAUCGCCUCAAGACACUGUAGAUGACGACAACAGAUCUUCCUCUUCCUCCCAAGAUCUUUUGCAAAGCAUGGAUGAGAUCUCAUCAGGGAGUUUGUCACCGGAUGCUACGGAUAGAGCUUCUCCUCUCGAGAGUGGAAUCGGUACGGCGAGCCCACCUAGAAGCACGGAUCGACGAUUAACCAAACCGCCGACCUCGAACAAGUGUCACAGAAAGGAGACCUGGGAAAGGAUUCGCCGGAGACCAUCCAAAUUGAGCUCGCGUAAUGACAAAAAUAAUCAAGACGUUUGGAUCAAACGGGAGAGUGUUCACACGCAAACAAAAGAUCACGAGAAUCGAUAUCUACAAGAAGGGAUUGACAGUAGCAGCGGAUUGGAUGAUUCCUUGCCGCGUGUUAAACCGCCAAGACCUACGAAUCUACCGCUAUGUCUGUCGACGACAGUCAGUUCGCUGAGCUCCGGAGAAUUAUUGGAGACUCCACCUCGAGCACCCUCCUCACCAUCGGCAGCAAGUCUGCAAUUGAAGCCGGAACCAUUGACAAUAGAAAUGGGCGGAAAGAGCAGUAGUGCGCCGUUGUUGGAGAACAACGAGGUUGAAAAGAACGGAAGGAAGGUUUCGUCAUUGCAGCAGCCACGUUCGCAAUCGGAACGACAAUUAUCAGAAAUCGAAGCACAAGAGGCUUGCAAAUGGUUACGGGCUGCAGGUUUUCCUCAGUACGCACAGAUGUACGAGGACUAUCAAUUCCCGAUCGAUGUGACGGGAGUGGCGAAGGAUCAUCCCUUUCUUGAGGCGGACUCAUUACAAAGUCUCUUUCGGCGUUUACAUGCGCUCAAUCGCUGCGCUAAUAUGAAAUUGGACACGCAUCACUCACAUCAUAGUACAAGCCACAGCAAAAGCGGUGGUGGCGACGAUUCCGACGAGGAUACGCAAUGCGCCUUGAGCGAGAAUUGGACUUUCGAGAAAAAGACGAGACGGUGGUCUCGUGUGGGUGACAUAACACAAGCAAACGUUGAGAGGUUGCAGACGAUAGCUGGACAGACGGUACAAUCGGAGGAGGAAUCCCUACAGGAUCGGUUAGAGGCUGAGGAAGCUGAAGAUACAAUGUUAGAGAACUUGAAAUACAGUAGCCUGCCACCAGGUACGAUGCCGGAGGAGAUCAGUCCGAGAUUUCGCAGGACCGGCUCGGAGAGGCUACGAGAUGGAGCGAAGGCCAUACUAAGGAGGGUCGAGUCGCUCAAGUCGCGUCGACGCAAACGUCAGAAUCGUGACGGUGUCGUGAUAAGCGGGCCGCAAGUACUCGACGUGAUGUCGAUGCAGCAGAAAAUGAAAGAGUUGAAUUGCGUUGACGUUUCACCAACUGGACCGGCACCGAUCACUUUUAACGAUCAUAACAUAUCGAGUUCGCCUCUUCACGUUCCUGGCUCGCCGGUGACCUUGCCACCUUCACCUUAUCAUUUACCACCUUCCCUUCUGGCAAAUGCACCGAGCAGCCCGUUUGGUGAUGAUUCCUCGAGUUAUUGCUCGGAUGGUUCGCAAGGAGGUGGUCCGACGCCUACGCCAACGCGUACAAAGAUGAAUCGAGCACGUAGAUUGCUCCAUCGUGGUAGAGACGAUCAAGGAGCAUUGAGUGACUCCGAGUGUCAGCCAACCAGUUGGAGGCAGAGAUAUUUUCGUGAUGCCAAUAGCAAUCACGCAAAAGUAUUGGAAUAUGUCUCUGCUCAUCCUCAGAGUCCAAAGGAAUGUUCGCCAAAGGGUACGCCUAUCAACACACGUGGUGGAAGCCUCAAUCUUGGGAAGGAGUCACAAAGGUUCCGUGAUAAGUUGAGUCAGGGUCAGGAAAGGUUCAAGGAAGACAAGGUCUCGGUUUUGAAGCGAGAGGAUAAGAUGCACAAGAGUUUCAGACGUCGUGACGAUUCCAACAGGGAUGAAAAACCUUUGUCGAAGGACGUCACCGUUUACAGGGACAAAUCACACUCAAGGAGCUCAGAGUUGGGCGCUAGUCAGGAGAGCAGCUCCACCGUAGCGAGCAGAGAUUCUGAUCAAGAGGAAGAUUCUCCGAGGCACAAGGUCACGGUCGUCAGGUGGCAUAGCUUUCAAAGAGGGUCUCUAUAUCCGGAACCACUCGAUCCUCUUUGUCCUCGAGCUAUGGCUUCUAUGUCCUGCGGACAGUUAUUGGUCCUUCGAAAAUUAGCAUUACUCAAACUAACGGCAUGCAUGGAACGUUAUUGUCCUACUCAUCGUACCGGAUGGAAUUGGGAAUUACCAAAGUUUAUCAGAAAGAUUAAGACCCCAGAUUACAAGGAUAAGACUGUAUUUGGUGUACCUCUGCUCCUAUCUCUUCAAAGAACUGGUCAGGCUCUACCGAAAUGCAUACAGAUUGCUUUAAGAUGGCUCAGGGCUAAUGCUCUCGAUCAGGUUGGGAUUUUCAGAAAGAGCGGCGUCAGGUCGAGAAUACAAAAAUUGAAGGUAAUGACCGAAACCCAAGGCGAUAAUAUCAACUUUGACGGUCAACAGGCCUUCGAUGUAGCAGAUCUGGUGAAGCAAUACUUUAGGGAAUUACCUGAGGCCUUGCUGACGAACAAGCUUUCCGAAACUUUCAUCGCUAUCUUUCAACAUGUACCUUUGGAACUUCGACCGGACGCCGUUCAAUGUGUCCUCCUCCUUUUACCAGAUGAACAUCGAGAAGCGUUGGAAACCUUGCUCGACUUCUUGAACCAUGUCGCCAACAACUCGCUCUACAACCAAAUGACAGCCUCGAACCUGGCCGUAUGCCUGGCACCGAGCCUGUUCCACUUCAACCACAGCAACACGAACGUGACCAACAGGCCGAGCAGCGUAUCCCCUCGUAGGAGAAAGACCGUGGGUAGUCCCGAUCCGCGGGAAUUGUCGGAAAACAAAGCAGCGCACGACUGUCUUCUGUAUCUGGUCAACAUGCAUCGUGAAUUAUUCAUGGUCUCAUCGGAUAUGCUGACACAGUGUCACUUCAAUUACAUGGAAGAGAGCGUUCCGGUCGCCCUCGAAGAACUCGGUUCUGAGCUCAAUCAAGAUUGGAGGGGAUAUUUGAAAGCCUGCACGACUGCGUUGUUGAAGGAAGCAUGCGAGAAAAGUCGCGGAUGGGUCAGCGUUAAUAAUCCUGCCGAUAGCAGCGUCGACAUGGCUUACAAGAAAGUCGGUGAUGGACAUCCAUUGCGACUUUGGCGAGUGUCGACCGAGGUUGAGGCACCACCUAAUGAACUUUUACAUCGUGUCCUGAGAGAGAGACACAUUUGGGAUCCGCAGCUUCUCAAAUAUAGAUUGGUCACCGAGUUAGACAAGAACGUGGAAGUUUUUCAAUAUGCAACUGGGAAUAUGAGUCCUCUUCCUGCACGGGAUUACUGCGUGUUAAGAUCCUGGCGGUAUGAUCUUCCGAAAGGUGCAUGUGUUAUCGUUGAAACGUCGGUGGAACAUCCAGAUGCACCAGUUAUGCUUGGUGGAACUCGCGGAAUUGUUUUAGCUUCGCGUUAUCUUAUUGAACCAUGCGGUAGUGGAAAAUCACGUAUCAUGCAUUUGUCUAGAGUCGAUACAAAAGGACGCACACCCGAGUGGUACAAUAAAAGUUACGGACAUAUCGCCGCGCUUCAUCUCAGCAAGAUUCGCAACAGUUUCAAGCAUACCACCGAUGGACCGGAGACCAAAGUUUGAGACGAGUAUACCGUGCAGUGUGCGACGCUGCACGGUGCUUAUCCAUUUUAUCAAGAGACCGGGAAGACCAUGAAGGAAUCAUGACGAUCCAAUUUUAAGGUUACGAUCAACGAGGACUGAUGAUAAUUUUAUUAUAUUAAUAGAUUAAUCCCAAAAGAAUAAUAAUAAUCGUCAUCGAUCGCGAAUUUCAUUGUUUUAUUACGUCCUCGUUGUUGAUACGUCAGAAUUUAUUUUUUAUCGAAGAAUACGAUAUAUUGAAAUUAGAAUGAACAUCGACGUUGCCAAUUAUUUAAACGAUAAAGAACAUUUUACGAGCGUAGAUAUAUUUAGACUUUCAGAUGGAUGUUUAACCUUGUUCGAGAUCUUACAAAUUCUAUGUGUCAUCGAUCGAUAUGGAAAAAGGAGGAGCGAUCAAUGGCUAUAGUCUAUUUUCAGACGAAAGUUGUUGCCUAUAAUGGCGACUAGACCAAUAUAACGAUUCGAAUUUGUUUGUUGAUGUUUGAUCGUCUAAAGAAAAAAAUAAAAAAAAAAGAAAAUGGAAAAAAAAGAUGAAUAUUUUUGAGUACACCGUCUCGUAUGAAGAACGUAUGUAUAUGUGUAUAUAUAUACACAUACACACACAUACAUACACACAUACACAUACAUGUACGUAUCUUCCAUUUGAUGAAAUAUUAAAAAAGUUUAAUCGAAGACCAUUUUGGAUUUAUCGAAAUGGGCCUUCGUCAAUGUGUAUUCAUUGUAUAGUUUGUAAGUAAUUCGAGAACUCACGAAAUAUUUCGAUAUAUUUUUUAUUCAUUUUCCGGACCAAAUGCUAAUUUUUGUAUUGUAUCAUAUCGCCUCAUAUCGCGUUUAAAUAUAGAUAUAUCACGUCGAAAGAAAUUAUAUUCUUAUGUAAGUAUUACACAGAUACAUAAUACGCGUAAAGAAAAUGGAUGUAUAAAUAUCGUGUAUGUACGUAUAUAUGUAUGUAUUUAUAGGUGUAAGUUUUGUUGAUUUAGGACAUUCUGAUCAAAGUGCAUUCUCGCGUACUUCGUUACAUGUUCGCUAAUUAUAAUUAUGUUAUUGUCAUUUCGCGACGAGCGUUAACCAAAAGUGAAUUAAAUCGAUGAUAUGUAUUUCGGAACUCGAUGUUUUAUUAUCGAUAUAUAAACGUACAUUCGCACAAUGCAUGACGCUUAUUCGAAUUUCGUCUGGAAUACGAUAACGAAGAGGAGCCGUUUUUAAACUCGCAUGUCAAUCUGAUACUUAAUGUUUACAAAAAAUCGUCGUUUUAUGACAUUUAAAGGCACUAUUCGCUUGAAUAUGUCCAUUAAUCGUAAUAUACGUUAUCGAUAGAACGGAGCCAGAAAAAAAGAAAAAAAGAAAAGAGAAAAGAAAAAAGAAAAUCGUUAUUGAAGCUUUUAUUUACAUUUGAUAAUGGUGUAAUGAGAAUUUUUAAAAUGUAUGCGUGUAAUGAUGGCAUAGUAGGUAAAUUUAGGGACCAUCUUCGUUUCGAGCCUAUUAUCAAAUGAUCUGUGCGUAAGAGAUACUUCCCAGGAAUAAUAAAGAAAAGAAAAAGAAAACAAAUCCAUAUUUUAACAUAAUAUACUAGUCACUUACAUUAGUUUAAAUUGUACGUUCGAUAAAUGUAUAGAUUUCUCUUUCGUCUUUUUUUUUUUUUUUUUUUUAACAUCAUCUCGUCAAAGAUAUUUAAAAGAAUAUUAUAAUUAUUAUUAAGUUUAUUGUUGCAAUUGAAAAAAGAUUGUAGAAAACUUUUUUCGACAAUGAUUUCGAUCAUCUCGCGAACGUCGAUACUGUUUUUAAAUAAAGUGAAAAAUCAAGGUGCAAAGGUAGUAAAAAUGAGCAUUACAUUUUCCAAAAAUAUGAUAUUAUAGAAAUUCUAUGAUACGAACUGUAUGUAUGUAUAUGUAAUAAAAUUAUUGCGUCUAAAAAUAAAGAAAAAAACAAAAAAAAA